UAUAUCAGGACCGUGCCACAACACGCGCCAUCUUCUUUUCCGAGGAACAUCAUUGUCGAACAUCGCUCUGUUGCCCGAAAUGGCAGUGUAAAAGUGCGCCGCGACCCCGCCGCCAACCAAACAGUGCAUCCAACCCGUGCACUGAGUCACUUCCAAAUCAGAAACAUGUCGUCCUUUGUGGAAACCCUCACUGCUGCUGCAUCCAACAGCAAAAAAGAGUUCGAAACUGUCCUAUCCUCGUCCCACACUCUCUUUGUGACCAACAACAGCCACUAUGACCACGAUGAUGACAAACUCACAGUUUGGCCUGGAAGACAUGGAGGCCCUUCUCUGGGGACCUUCCUCUCCCAUGGCUGAUGCCACGAGCUUCUCGACUACACGCCCUGACCAAGAAGAAGAACAACAGAAAGCAGGAGGGACCUCGUUGGAGGGCGACGCUUCCCCUGUGUCGCCCUUCGCCUCCUCAUCGCUGUCCUCUUCCUCCUCGCCUCCUCCCUUCUACUCUCCACCUCCCUCGCCGCUGCCCGUCCUCCUCCAGGGGGACAAAGCUGGGAAGGAGUCUGACCUGCUCUCCCUCCCCUGGUUGGGCCACCCUGGUCCUCUGAGACAGGCCGUCUCAGAUGACAGCAAAGAGGAUAUGUUCGGUGACCUGGACUGGAUGGAUGAGAGGAUGGAUCUGUCCGAGUUUGACCUGGACUCUCUGAUCGGCUCCUGCAGUCCUACUGAAGAGUCCCCCAGUUGUCCAGAAGACCUCCUAGCCGCCCUGGAAUGCCCCAUGGAGCUUGACUCCCUCCAAAUACCCACUCUCUUAAGCCCCGCACUCUCAAGUCAUCCCUCUGCUUGUCUUCCAUGUAUACCUCCCCCUACACCCCCCACGGUCUGCUCAGAUCCUUGUGUCAUUACAGUGGAUGAGCCUGAAUCCUACAUUGAAGAACAGGAGGGCCCCUGCCUGCCCCUGUGUGUCCCGGAGCCACAACAGGAGCUGGAAAUCAAAUCUGAGCCGGCAUCUCCAGACCCCCCUUCCCCCUUGGUGGAUUCUCCCUCCUCCCCAGCCUACACCCUGGACUUGGGCAGUGAAGUGGAUGUCACGGAGAGUGAGGCGAAGCCAGUGGUAGCGUCUGUCGUCUCCCAAGUCCAGAGGCUCGUAUUCUCCCUCCCAACGACCCGCAUUGUCCUCGUGUUGGCUCCCAAAGAUGAAAUCGGCAUCACCACCACCAAUGUAACCACCACGUCACAGAUCGUUCAUUGCUCCCCUCCGCCAAAGCCCUCCAGAAGCAGACCAUACCCCGAGCCCACAUACGAAGGCAGUCCGCCUUCUCCCAGUGCCACCACUGUCAAAGUCAAGUCCCCCCAGGAGGCAGAUGGAGAUCAGAGGGCAACUUUGAAGGCCCCGAAAUCCAAGAAACUGAAGAAGAUGGCGCAGAAUAAGACGGCCGCCACACGUUACAGGCAGAAGAAGAAAGUAGAGCAGGAUACGCUUCUUGACGAGCAUGGUCUGCUGGAGAGGAAGAACCUGGAGCUGAAUGAGAAGGCUGAAUCCUUGGCCCGGGAGAUCGAGUACCUGAAAGAGCUGAUGGAGGAGGUCGGCCAGGCCAGGACCAACAAACGUCUCGGUGCUGACCCCUAGUGGUCGGACCUAACAAUGACGUGUGAGAAGAGAGUAGGCUCAGCAGAUUUUAUUUUACAAGCAAGUAUCAAUAAAGUGUUCUGUCCACACAGCAAGUCUUGGAGCCACAAUCCAGUACAACUGGUGUUUUUCAGAGUACCUCCUUUUUAAAUAUCUAACACUGGUAUUAAAUAUAGAAUACUUUUAUCAUGUUUAGAGUGGUUAUAUGGAAACGAGUAUUUUCCAUUCGGUAUAUAAACUUGUGUUUUUUGUAAUGUAUCUAAAUGUUUCCUGUAUCUGGACCUCUGUGACCUGCCAGUAGGAUGUAUUUUAAUAAAAGUGUAUUGUAGUAUAAUGGACCAUUGUAUUAUGAAUCUCUUAAUAAAGAGUCUUAAAAUGAA